CCCCAAAUGUUAAAAGUAGCUGGUAAUGGCACUUGGGAGUCUCUCCCCGAAGCUGAAUAUAAUUUCCGGAAUCCGAAACUCUGUAUCGGCUCGCGCCAUCGGUUGCAGGUGUUCCAUGGCGGAGAGCAUCAGAGUAGCCGCGGCACAGAUGACUUCCAUCAACGAUCUAACGGACAAUUUCAACACUUGCGCUCGUCUUGUCAAGGAGGCAGCUGCUGCUGGAGCGAAAUUGCUUUGUUUUCCUGAGAACUUUUCGUUUCUGGGUGCUAGAGAUGGGGAGAGUCUUCAGAUAGCAGAAACCUUGGAUGGACCUAUUAUGCAGGGAUACUGUUCUCUUGCAAGGGAAUCCAAUAUUUGGUUGUCACUUGGAGGCUUCCAAGAGAAAGGACCAGAUGAUGCACACUUAUAUAAUACACAUGUUUUAGUUGAUGAUUCUGGGAAAAUCAGAAGCACAUAUCGCAAGAUACACUUGUUUGAUGUGGAUGUUCCUGGUGGCAUGGUCUACAAAGAGAGUAGCUUUACAAUAUCAGGGAGUGAUCUUGUGGUUGUGGACAGCCCUUUUGGACGUUUAGGUGUAACAGUUUGCUACGACUUGAGAUUUCCAGAGCUUUAUCAGCAGCUGCGGUUUCAGCACCAUGCACAAAUUUUACUGGUGCCUGCAGCUUUUACAAAGGUCACUGGGGAGGCACACUGGGAGAUUCUUCUCCGUGCUCGGGCAAUUGAGAAUCAAUGCUAUGUAAUUGCUGCUGCACAAACUGGAAGGCACAAUGAGAAAAGAGAAAGCUAUGGUGAUACUUUAAUUAUUGACCCAUGGGGGAAAAUCCUAUCUCGGCUUCCAGAUCGGCUGUCAAUAGGUGUUGCUGUAGCUGAUAUUGAUUUGUCAGUGAUUGAUUCAGUGCGGACCAAGAUGCCAAUAUCAGAGCAUCAGAAGCCCCAUGGUUACUUGAAAUAUGCUCCUUCACACGAAAACCAUUGAUAUGAGUCAUAUGAAACCAUGACAAUACAAGGUGUUUUAGAUAUCCAACUUAUGUAUUCUCUAUAUAUAAGAUUUAAUAUUGGGGCAGCUUUUGGAAAGCAUGAGUGAAUUAUUUGUGAGCAUUCACGAGGAAUUGACCAAGAAGGGAAAAAAAAAAAAAGGGAGAGAGAGUAUACUUCUUAGUAUUCAUGAUUAAGUAGCCUCAAAUUGCAGUCACGUUUCUUUCAAAUUGCAAUUUCGAGCCCAAACCCUGAAUGUUAUUGCUAAAGGAACAAUUUGGCCUCUUCCCCUUAAUUAUACUAGUUAUUGCAAUUUAAUUUGAUAAUGCAUCCAAAUGAACA